AGGAGAGGGGCCCGGGACCACACCCGUGGUCGGUCCGGGCGAUGAACCCGGAGCGCCCACCCCGCCGGGAGAAGGCAGGGGCGGCCUGGCCGCGCUGCCUCUUUAAGAUCGCGUUUGUUCUACCGAUGAUGCAGAGGCCUCCAUGGCUGUUCUAAGCCUGCUGUUCUUGGCAGUGAUGUAUGUUGUUCACCACCCCCUGAUGGUCAGUGACCGAAUGGACCUGGACACACUAGCCAGGAGUCGGCAGCUGGAGAAGCGAAUGAGCGAGGAGAUGCGGCAGUUAGAGAUAGAGUUUGAAGAGAAAAAGCGAGCUGCUGAACAAAGGCAGAAGGCAGAAGACUUUUGGAGAGGGGACACAACCAGUGACCAGUUGGUGCUAGGAAAGAAAGACAUAGGAUGGUCAUUCCAGGCCAAAGGCCAGGAGGGUCCUCUGAGUUGGAUGCUGGGAAACCUGUGGAAUGCUGGCCUCUUUUGCCUUUUUCUCAUUUUUGAGCUCCUGCGACAGAACAUGCAGCAUGAGCCAGCCUUUGACUCCAGUAGCGAUGAGGAAGAGGAAGAGGUCCAUGUUGUGCCUGCCACCUUUAACAACUGGCUUACUAAUUUCCCAUCCCAGGAGUCCCUGGAAACCUUUUACAAAUAUUAUGUCCAAAAUGCCAUCCGUGACCUGUCCUGCACCUGCGAGUUUGUGGAGAGCUUUGUGGAUGAUCUCAUUGAGGCCUGUCGGGUACUCAGUCGCCGGGAGGCUCACCCACAGUUGGAGGACUGUCUGGGCAUUGGGGCAGCCUUUGAAAAGUGGGGGACCCUCCAUGAGACCCAGAACUUCGAUGUCCUUGUGCCCAUUGUCCCCCCACAGGGCACUAUGUUUGUCUUGGAGAUGAGGGACCCGGCCCUGGGUCGCCGCUGUGGCUCCGUGCGGGUGGACUCCGAGUGCAUAUGUAAGAGCGAGCAGCUUUUAGGGGAUGUGUUAUGCCUGGUGCACCACCACAGGGACCACUCGGUUGUCUUGGGCAAGUGUGCCAACUCCAUCAAGGCAGCUCUCUGCACUGGCUUGCACUUGGAUGUGUGUAAGACUGUGCAGUGGUUCCGGAACAUGGUAGGGAAUGCCUGGGCCCUGGUGGCCCACAAGUAUGACUUUAAGCUCAGUCUCCCACCGUCUACCACCUCCUGCAAGCUCAGGCUGGAUUACCGUUCUGGACGCUUUCUGUCGAUCAGCUUGAUCCUGGGGGUGCAACGGGAAGACACCUUGGUCUACCUGGUGAGUCAGGCCUCUGAGCAGGAACAACUCACCAGUGUGCACUGGCCUGAGUCCUUUGCAGCCUGUGAGCACUUAUUCCUGAAGCUUGUAGGGCGCUUUGCUCCCGAGAACACCUGUCACCUCAAGUGCCUACAGAUCAUUUUGAGUCUCCAGAACCACCAGAGCUUACCCCCUGGGGCCACCCACCCCAUCCUCACCUCCUACCACUUCAAAACAGCCCUCAUGCACCUGUUGCUACGGCUACCCCUGACAGAUUGGCAGCACAACAUGCUCUCUAAGCGGCUCCAGGAUGUUCUCUGGUUCUUGGGCCAUGGCCUCCAGCAAAGGUCUCUCCAUCAUUUCCUCAUUGGUAAUACCUUCCUGCCCCUGACCAUCCCUAUCCCCAAGACAUUUCGGAAUGCUGAGCCUGUCAAUCUCUUCCAGCAUCUGGUGCUAAAUCCUGUGGCUCACACACAGGCAGUGGAGGAGUUUCACAACCUUCUGGCCCAAGUGAAGACUCUUCCCUGUCCCCCACUGGCUGGGUCACCUUAAGGUAGAGACUAUUAAAAAAAAAUGGGAGAAGGUAUUUCUGAUUCUUGAGGCUGCAAGUUUACUUUUUACACAGUCAGUGGUAUGUGACCUUCACUUUGCCAGUGGGAACUACGAUAGAUAGCAGGGCCUAAUCUGGCUGGGGGCGGAGGGGUUGUCGCUGAGAUUUUCUCCUAAUUUAACUUUGGUCAUGACCCAAAUAAAGUCCAGGGAAAUGGAUGCUAUAGGAGGAUCUUGCUGCUAGGGAGCUAAAGUCCUAUUAAAUUGUGUUUCUGUAUCAACACUGGAAGCAAAAGAGAAUACCUCCAUUCCAGCUGACUCCUUUCUGUGAAUGACUCCCAACAUGUUCCUUGUGAACUGCUUUUCUUAAACUGUUAGCUCCGUUCCCAGCCAAGCUGAUGUACUCCGCUUUACUCCAUUUACUGUUACAGCAACUUUUCAUACUUAGGACCCAAUAUUUUGUACCUUUGCUGUUUUGAAAAUAUAACCAAGAUGUUUAUUUUCUAUUUUUAUAAUUAGCCCUCUUUUCAUUCAUUAUUGCUGUUUCUAUGCAUCCGAGGAAAACCCCACUACUUCCUGAAUAUUUGUUAGCAUUUACUCCCAAAUGUUAAGUUAGUGGUGAGCUCUCUCAUAAUUGAAAUAUUUCCUAUACUUAAUAACCGACCUCAGAUGACCUUUUUACCUGGAAGCAACAGUCUAAAGCUCCUCAUGCGGGUAGGCUUUCUGGGGUCUCUGGGAUGAAUGAUAUGCUUCUGAGAGGAAGCUGCUUAUUUGUUAACUGGAAAGCUUUAGCUGUGCAUUUUCUGGUUAUGGCUUUGCAUUCUGUUUUCAAAGAUGAAAAAGAGAUUACUUGAACUUUGUGGUUUUGAAAAGAGAGGUCAUCACAAUCUAGGCCCAUUGCCAGGGCUGGACAGGAAGAACUGUGAAGCAGUUCAAUUCUACCAGAGUCCUGAUUCUAGAGAUAUGAUUGGUAUAUUUUCUCCUUGUUUUAAAACUGUGAGCAUCCUGAGGAGGCGUAUUAAGAAAUAGUUAUGGGUGUGGUUGUUUUGGAAAUACCAACUUUGUUCCUAGUCACCUCCGCCAGGAAGAUCUGGUGGGGAAGAGAACCUGGCCCCACAUUUGACUUGCCCCAGAAGGGCAUCAGAUGCUAGCCUUUGGGGCUUUUGUUCUGGUGUGGAAUCCCCUCCCCUUACAAAAAUAAAAGCAUUCCAGAAGCCGA